AUGGGAAGCGUGAACAGCUGCGAAACUCCGGUCCUCUCCGAAGCCCCAGUGUCCAAAGACAAAGAUGACUAUUGCGACUAUGCUGGACCUGGACCCUGGUACACCUGCAAGCCGGAUGGUCUCCAUGUGGAACGCUUUGCCAAAAAGGGCCCUGCCAGCAGAGAAGGAUGUGUUCCCACCACUCUACCCGAGCUCUUGAAGAGGGCAGCUGAGACCAAGUGGGACAAACCCGCCUUGAAAAUCGAGAGGCCAUUGCCAGCCUUGGAUUCUGAAGGAAAGGCACCAGAGUCUCUGCCCGAUGAUCAGUGGAAGACGUGGACAUGGAAGCAGCACUACGAUGAGUCGAGAAAGGCAGCCAAGGGGUUCAUUAAGCUGGGGCACCAACCCUUUGAUGCUGUGGCCAUGUGGGGUUUCAACGCUCCGGAGUGGAUGUUCAGCACCUUCGCUGCCAUGAUGGCGGGCGGCAUGGCUGGUGGUCUCUAUCCAACGGACACACCCGAGACGGCGGCAUUUAAGGUGGCGCACAGCGGAGCGAGCAUCGUUGUCUUUGAAGACAAACCCAAGUUGGAUAAACUGCUGAAGGCUGGUCACGCCAUGCACGUCACGCAAGAUGCACGUCACACGGUCAAGGCCUUUGUGACCUACGGCUACACUCCGGCUGCAGGAGAGACUGUGGACGUCAAGGGCCGAAAGGUCCCAGUGCUGAGUUGGAGUGACGUGAUCGAGAUGGGAGGCAAGGAGAGCAAUGGUGAAGUGGAGCAACGCACCAAGGCGCUGAAGCCGGGACAAUGUGCUGUGCUGGUCUACACUUCGGGCACCACCGGAGAUCCCAAGGCAGUGAUGCUCUCCCACGACAAUGUGCACUACGCGGGAGUGUCUGUAUUCAUGACCACACUGAAACAAGGCGCUCCAGGCUUUCUCGAGGGAGAGUGUCAAGAGCGCCUUUUGUCCUAUUUGCCCCUUUCGCACAUUGCUGGUAUGGCCGUGGACAUCACCAUGCCUGCGGUGCUUACAGCAUUGAGCUCCAAUCACAUGACGACCUACUUUGCCCGGCCCUAUGACAUGAAAGCAGGGACCCUGAAAGAUCGGCUCUGCGCCGCCUCACCGACUCUUAUGCUCGCCGUGCCAUUGGUGUGGGAGAAGAUUGCUGACAAACUUCGAUCCUUAGGAGCAGCCAAUUCAGGACUGAAGCAGACCAUCGGCACCUGGGCUAAAGAUCUUGGCCUGCAAAGAUCCAAGGCCUGUUUGAUGGGAGGCGAUGGGUCUUAUCCAACGGGCUACACUCUGGCAGACAUGUUGGUCUUGAGCAAAGUGAAAGCCGCUCUGGGGUUGGAUCAACUGAAGUAUGCCGUUACAGGAGCUGCUCCCAUCCGUGUGGACACUUUGGAGUACUUUGGAUCGUUGGGCCUGGACAUCCAUGAGUUGUACGGCAUGUCA